AUGGCAGCAACUCCGUUCUCGCUCGAAGGAGUGCUAAUAUAUUUAGCAGAAACGUUCACAGCCGGUGUGAUUCAAUCUUAUCAGGGGCAGGGAAUCCUUGAAAACAUCCCUUUGGCAGAACGACAAGACCCUUUGCAAGAUUUUACAAAGUUCAAUCCGCAAGACACGGUCUUCCAGGAGUACGAUGCGCCACCAGACGACGAUAGCAAAAUGGCAUGGAAGAGAUCUCGGCCAGAAAAAUGGUGGAUGUCGCUUUGGAAGGCCAUGAAACACGCAUUUUACAUUCAAAUUGUAGGUGGGAUGGCACUCGGUUCGCUUGCUAUUCUAAUACUGAUUUUAGACUUCAAUUCCGUAGAUCUCUGCUUUGAUAAGCAGUCUACAAAUUGGAAGGCACUUACUAAACGGACUCAGGCAGUAAUAGUUACUGCGGCAACUAGCGAAGCUUACGUUGUUCAAAUGUGGACAUUUCUUGUCGUGCUGGUGAUGUUUGGAUGGCCGGUGAUUAAGAAACUGAACCUGCUGACCCUGAAUUUGCUCGGUGCGUUUCUUGAUAGCUGCUACAGACUAUAUCUUCAGGUUUAUGGAACCUACAUGGUAUCCUGGAAGUCGCUUCCUCUGAACGGUCUGUUCGUGUCGCUUUUGCUCAUGAACAGUUUACUACUUGGUAGAGAAGUCGCAAAGAAUAACGAAGCACUGACAACAAGGAGAUCUAGGAUAAAAAAAAAAAAGGUUUCUGCGAUGCUGACGGCUCAGUUUGCUUUUGGCAUACCGAUCACAUUUUACCUUGUUUAUAAGCUGAUUCCGCUGUAUAGAGAUGCAAAUGAAACCAUAAGAGCGAUCAUCGCUGGCGGACUCCCGCUUGUAACUGCCAUACCAAAGGUCAUCGUGCGUUUGGCGGCGCAAAGAAUCGAUUUCUUUCACCCAGGAGACGCGCACGUGCUUUUGAGUGUCCUGUAUUACGCCUCCGCCAUCGUUUUCCGUGUGAUGCAGGCAGAUCUCACCAGCCUUCGACUGUUCAUAGCGCUGAGCUUCGCACACGGCGCGGUGGAUUUGCUAGAAAGGGUGACCAUUGUUAUGCGGGAUUACUUUUGGUAUUUUAUUUACAAGAAACUGAAACGAGACGGUAGAGAGACGUUCAUUGCCGCAAAUAAAUUUCGCACCCCGAGGAGUAUGCGCUUCAUCGCAGACAUGAGCAUUCAGAUUAUUCUCGGAGAAUCAACAGCUCUGAUCGCAGCCGUUGGAUUCAUACAGUUGUUUAAAUUCAUGUACUCCCCUGAAACAUCGUCCUCAUCCAACGUCCAAUUUGUAACACAGUUUUUUUUUUUUCGCGUGUCUAUUGCUCUAAGUAUCGAUUUCUUCUUCAAUUCGUUCUCGUUUUGGUUGCAAAUGUCUUAUUUAAAUGUUGCGGUGGUGCGAGUUUGGAAGAAGAAAUGGCGUAAGCAUAUGCUUGUUGCUUUCAUUUUGACUGCUGUGACGUUGUGUUACUACACGACUCAUUUGUUUGCAGUGGUUGAAGCGAAGAACACUACAGGCGCCAAAAAGCCUGCUUUUAAUUGUACAAGGCCAUUUGCAAAGUUUUAG